UACCUCCAUCCAGACGCUUUUAUCCCGCCUUGUAUAGUGACACCAGACUUCCUUCAUGCCGCCAUGCGUCCCGACAUGAUUACAGAGACAGAGGUGGAGAUAUCGACAGAGGAGUGCUGCGAGGAGGAAGAUGAGGAGAUGGUCACCCUGCUUGAAGAACCAGAGCCAGGCCACGAGCCUGUCAGGAAGAGGAGAGCUGGACGGAAGCCAAAGACGCAUCAGUCAUCUAUUUCCAAUGGCUCACUGGACCUCGGCAUCAAGAAGAAACCAAGAGAAGGGAAAGCAGGGAGCACCACCUACCUUUGGGAGUUCCUAUUGGAUCUCCUCCAGGACAAAAACACUUGUCCCAGGUACAUCAAGUGGACUCAGAGGGAGAAGGGCAUCUUCAAACUGGUCGACUCGAAGGCCGUGUCAAAGCUGUGGGGGAAACACAAGAACAAACCUGACAUGAACUAUGAGACCAUGGGACGGGCACUCAGAUAUUACUACCAGCGCGGCAUCCUCGCCAAGGUAGAGGGCCAGCGGCUGGUCUACCAGUUCAAAGACAUGCCCAAAAACAUAGUCAUCAUCGACGACGACAAGGCAGACAUGCCCUCCCCCAACGAUCUGAUCGGCUCAGAGGCCGUAUCCUACCAGCGCGUGCCACCUCCGUCAGACAUGCUGCUGCAGGCCACCGAGCUGUCGUCGUCCAAGAAGCCCAACAUCUUGCGGGGCGGGAACAGGGCUAACGUGGUCCAUGCUACCGUCGCCACAGGCAGCAAAGUGGUGGCAGGAGGUGGUGUGGCGAUGGUCACCGGGAUGCCAAGGAUAAUGUCUGUUUCAGGAGCAUUGGAUGGGAGUCAGCAGUCUCAUACGGCUAUCAUCCCAACUGCCACUGGGCCCAGGACGGUGCGUUUGGCAAUGCAGGUGCCUGUGGUGAUGACGACAACAUCACUGGGUCAGAAGAUCUCCACAGGGGCAGCCGGCCACACCACUCUCCUCACCAACACUUCUGCCAUUGGUGCUGCUGGUAACAACAACUCUCAACAGAAGGUUGUGAUCCAGACCAUCCCCACCAUGGUCCCAGCCACAGCAGAGAACGGAGACAAGAUCACUGUCCAACUGGCAAAGAUCAUCACAAUCCCAGCCCACCAGUUAGCUCAGUGUCACCUCCAAACGUCCACAGGCUCAAAUAAGCCCAGCAUCGGGGGCUCCGCGGCAGGUAUCAGCCUCCUCAGGAGCCCCCUGACGGUCCGGGCUCUGGCCCCUGUCAGCGUCGCCCCCGGAACGCAAGUGAUGAGACUCACUGUGCCGACGCAGACGCAACCACAGACUCUGGUGGUUUCACAGCCGGGUAGCGGGGCGGGGGUAGUAACCGUAUCAACAGCCAAUCGGACGGUGACGGCACACCCUCGGAUCAUAAGCGGCAUCAUUAAUGGUUCAGAGCUGAUGAUAGGAGCACCGGUAACCGGAGGAGUCACAAUGGAAAAGUUGAAGGCAACAGGAGUCCAGGUCCAAACUGUGCAGGUGGCAGUCCAGCAGAACCCCAAAACGGUCCAGAACGUCCAAUCAGAGGCCGUGGAUGCUGAGGUGGUUAUCAAACUGGAAACACCUGACGUGACGAUAAAGACUGAAGAGCCGGAGUGUUGAAAUGUACACAUUUUAGAGUGGUAGUUUGUAUAUGUCUGACGCCAUUUUACUCUUGUAAUAACCAGCAGCAGUCUGUGAGACUUUAAAAGACUCCUGAAGGCCUGUUUUUAGUCCUGAACUUGUUUUCACAUCUUCUUUGUUGCUACUUAGAACUUAACUGAUCCAAGCCGGUCCUCAGAACCACACUGAAACCUCAGUGUCGUGUAUGGAGUUCACAGGAAUACACACAGACUUUAAAGGGACUGUGAAAGGUAAAGGGACCAACCUCGAUCACUACAAUUUAUGAUUUCUAAAUGGAUCGCCAUCACAGACUCAAAUUCGGGGGGAAAGGAAAAAACCUUAAAUACAAAAAGAAGCUGAAACACUACAAAAUGAGGCAAAUAAUGACAACCAACCAAAAUAAAAAAGGAAAUACACAAUGGGGGUGUAAUUAAACCAUUCGUUUAUAAGUUUGCCUCUUCAGAUGUUUAAACCAGCAACUUAUCCUUUUUUUUUUUUUUUUUUAAUAUAUAUAUUUUAUACUUGUAUCACUGUGCAGAUCAAGUGUGGGUGGUGCUAUGAGAGUGCUUAGAGUAAGAGAGAGACAGAGAAAGUGGAGCUGCGAGAAGCUCAAAGAAGGAACGACAUCAGAAAGAAAAUGGUUAUGUAUGUGUGUGUGUGUGUGUGUGUGUGUAUUUUUUUACAGUUUACGGAGCUAAAGUUAACAGCCUUAGAUUUCAAUUUUGACUUUCUUUUUCAUGUAUUGUCUGAACAGAAUACUGAAAUUUUUUUUUGUGUUUUGAUACCUUGUACCAAGCACAGUAUUAUUGAAACUAGUUGAACUAAUGUUUGUAUUAUUAAUUUCACUGUCACUAUCAGGCUGUUAAACUCUCAUAUAGAUUGAAACAGCAAAAUGUUAUAGAUCAGUGGCCAGAUUGUUUUGCAGUGUCUCUUCCAGUGUCUGGAAAAAUCUCACGGCAUGGAUUUCAGACUUAUUUGACUAAAGGAUUUUGGCUAUUUCUCCAUUCUUUUUAAUUUUUUAUGUUUGCUCUUUUCACAAUUUUACACAUACUGGCUGCACAGAAAUGCAAAGUAAUGCGACUCAGAGCAGGUGCUUGCUGCCAUGUCUUCAAAAACUAAUACAAAUGGGAAUGUAUGUAAACUUAUCAAUACUUAAUUGAAUCAAUUAUUUUAAUUAUUAAGAGAAGCAAGUUUAUGCAAAAAUGCUGCAAAAAAUAUAAAUCCACUGUGGAUCCCAGGUCACUUUACUAAAAACAGAGGGCCAAUUAGCCAGCAUACAUUUUUUUUUAUUUAUUUUUUUUACUGCCUUUUUGGCCCUGACAUGACAUUUCAUUAUUUUUUUUAUCGAAAGAGGGAAGAGAGGAAGAUGUUUUGUGUUCAGACCGGACUGUUUCUAUAUUCAACAUUUGAAGUAUAUUCUAUUUUGUUGUACUCUUGUUUCAAAGUGUAUUAAAGUAGAUUUUACUGAAAUAUAAAAAGACAUUUCAAUCCUGA